AUGGCAGCCUUAAUGACCAACAAAUCAGCAAGGUUUCUCCGACUGCCAGAGGGCAGCCAUAACAGCCUCAAUGGCAGACAGGGCAGCAGAGCUGGCCCCGGCCGGCCCCUCAACGUGCCCCCGCCCCCCUUCGCCCGCUGGUUCCUCGGUGAUUCUGGGGGCAAGGGCCAGCAGGUGCGGGACCACGCCACUUACAGCGUGACAACACCACUAACAGCGUGA